AUGACAGGAUCAGGUUCUCCCUGUGGGGCUUGCAAGUUCUUGAGAAGGAAAUGUGUUAGGGGUUGUGUUUUUUCCCCUUAUUUUUGCCAUGAACAAGGAGCUGCUCAUUUUGCAGCCAUUCACAGGGUAUUUGGUGCGAGCAAUGUCUCUAAACUCCUUGCUCACCUCCCUGUCAAUGGUCGUUGCGAAGCAGCCAUUACCAUAGCCUAUGAAGCUCAAGCCAGGAUUCAGGAUCCCAUUUACGGCUGCGUUUCACAUAUAUUCGCGCUCCAACAACAGGUGGUUAGUUUACAAUCCCAACUAGCUUCUUUAAGGGAGCAGGCAGCUCAAAGUUUAAUCAAUGGCUCCAGCUGUUCAAACUAUGUUGCCAAUGAUCAUAGACCUAAUGGGAGACUUCCAUCUUACACACCUCCACAAGACAUCCAGAGUUGGCUUCAAGAAUCAGAAAGUUCAUGCAGGAAUGUGCCCCAAUAUGAUCAAAACUCAAGCACCAACAACAAUGUGGGGAAUAUGAAUGAAAUCAUGAAUUUCAACUCCAUAAAAGAAAACAACCAGAAUUCACUUCUCAAAGAAGAAGAUGGGUCCUUUUCCAGCUUCCAAGAAGGUUCCAGUUACUCCAUUGAAUCUUUGGACAUGCAAAUGAGCUACAACAAGGAAUGGGCUUUCCAAGAGAAUAGUGAAGACCUUCAUUCAAUUGCUUUUGGCUAUAUUCACCAUUAG